GAUAUCAUCAUGUUCUAGAGCAGGAACAAACCUCUGCUAAGCCUUUUGGGACAGAGCGCUUGGAAUUCCCAUAAAAAGGCUGUUGAGCAAUCUUGUUAAGCAGCAGAAUCUGGGAGUUAUAACCGGCUUUGGACAUGUACCGGCCGACGCUGCUAGCGCUCGCUGUGCUACUCAGCGCCUCCGGCUGUGCGACGGGAGGGAAGAUCCUGGUGUUCCCCGUGGACGGAAGCCACUGGAUCAACAUGAAAGUGUUGAUCGAGGAGCUUCACGGCCGUGGCCAUGAGAUCACGGUGAUCCGGCACACGGACAACUGGUACAUCAAGCCGGAGUCCAAUUUCUACAAGACCUUCACCUUGCACUUCUCAAGUGGCUUUGAUCAACACAACUUUGGCUCGUUCGUCACAAGACUUCUGAACAUGCGGAGGGAAGGCGCCUCGGUUUGGGCUCGCCUCGCUCUGGAGUACGAACUGGUCACCACGUUCUACGAACUGAACAAGGGAGUGGUGCAGACGUUGGGGAAUGUCUUCGAGGACAAGGAAACAAUGCAGAGUCUCCGUGACGCCAAAUAUGAUGUGGUUCUGACGGACCCUGCCUUAGGCGGAGGGGUUCUCCUGGCUCACCGUUUAGGUCUGCCACUGGUUUUAAACGUCAGGUGGACAAUUCAGGGUGAAGGACAUCAGUCAAUCGCUCCCUUCCCUUUGUCUUACGUCCCUAUUCCAGGAGCGCUGCUGACAGACAAGAUGACCUUCUUUCAGCGGAUGAAGAACAUGAUGAAUUACUUCUUCACUCGCUGGCAAAUUUGGUACGUGGCAGACUCCAACUACAGGUCAUUUGUCCAUCGCUACUUCGGUCCAGACGUGCACUACAUGGAGCUCUUCCAAGCAGCAGACAUCUGGUUGAUGAGGAACGAUUUCACUUUUGAAUUCCCGCGUCCCACCAUGCCCAACGUGGUCUACAUGUCAGGAUUUCAGUGCAAGCCCUCCAACCCCCUUCCCAAAGAGCUGGAGGAGUUCGUCCAAAGUUCCGGUGAACACGGCGUCAUCGUGAUGACCCUGGGCACUCUAGUCGCCGACCUUCCGGAGGACAUCACAAACGGCAUCGCUGCCGCUUUUGCCCGACUUCCUCAGAAGGUCGUCUGGAGACACCAGGGCAAACGUCCGUCCUCACUCGGCAACAACACGCUGCUUUUGGAUUGGCUGCCUCAAAACGACCUGCUGGGUCACCCCAAGACCAAAGUGUUUGUGGCGCACGGAGGCACCAACGGACUCCAAGAGGCCAUUUACCACGGCGUCCCUCUGGUGGGCCUGCCCCUCAUGUUCGACCAGCACGACAACUUCUUCCGGAUGCAGGUGAGGGGCGUGGCCAAAGUGAUGGACAUCGCCACAGUGAACGAGGGCAACUUCCUGGCGGCGCUGAAGGCGGUGCUCUACGAACCGUCCUACCGCCAGAACAUGACGAAGCUGUCGGCGCUGCACAGGGACCAGCCCAUCAAGCCUCUAGACCGCGCCAUGUUCUGGAUCGAGUUUGUCAUGAGACACAAGGGAGCGGCACACCUACGCACAGAGUCCUACAAGAUGUCCACCGUCCAGUACUACUGCAUCGAUGUGCUGGCCUUCUUACUGGCGCUCGUGCUAACAGUCGUUGCCGUUUUUGUUUCACUGCUAAAGUUCUUGUGGCGAAGGUUGCUUUCUAGAAGCAAACUGAAAAAGGAAUAAUAGGACAGGGACACUUUGUAUAAUAGAUAUGUUUAAAAAAUAUACGAUCACAAAAUAUUUUGAACCUUCCUUCCUCGUUUUCUACCGGGUUUGAACGUUUCUUUGUCUUUCCUGCUUUUUAAUUCCACUCACUUCAGCGACAAAAUUCUGUUUGCAGAUGUGAGGGGGGGGGCGCAACUGGCUUGAGUACAAGGGGGCGGGGUUUGAAAAGGUUUGAAGUACAGUAAAUUCCAGACUACAAGCCGCUACUUUUUUCCUACGAUUAUUUAUGGAUUUUUCUUCGCUGUUGGCCAUAACGCAAAUAGUUAAAAAAAAAAAAAAACUGAGACAUUGAAAAGGGCUCUUAUUGUUUGUGCUAUGGCAGGGGUCGGGAACCUUUUUGGCUGAGAGAGCCAAGAAGCCAAAUAUUUUAAAAUGUAUUUCCCUAAGAGCCAUAUAUUUUUUUUUAACACUGAACACAACUAAACGUGUGCAUUUUUAAGUAAGACCAACAUUUCCAGAGUAUAAUAGGUCUCUUAUUCUUUAUAAUAACAUUGUUAUCCUGAAGCUAACUGUGGUGGGGGUGUGGCCUGCGGGCCUGCAGCAAAGCAGGAUGUUGCCAGGACAGGCCUCGAAAUCAGCGACAGGUGCGUAGACGGCCCACCUGGGCCUUGUUAUCUAAUCACCUGUCGCUCUGUUAUAAGCAGCAGCCAGGAGGAGAGACAGGGUUGGGGCUGGAGCCAGAGCGCGAAUGAGGACGAAAGAGAAAAAGACAAUUGCUGGAAAGCAACAGAGAGAACAAUAAAAUAAAACAAUACUGUAAACCUAAAACAGUGUCUUGGUGGUCUGAAAAACCCCCAGUAAUAAAUAAAUUACUUCUUACCAUUAAUGCAACUUCUUGAACAUAAAAAAGCAUGAGAAUGUUUUAUAUUUUGAACGUUAUUUUUAACACUGUGAUUACAAGUGGAAUUAUCGUGUUAAGCAAUGUCAGCUCAGAUUUAUCCGAGAGCCAGAUGCCGUCAUCAAAAGAGCCACAUCUGACUCUAGAGCCAUAGGUUCCCUACCCCUGUGCUAUGGCGUCAUCUUUUGGACGAGUUUGCUCAUUGGAGGUGCUAAAGUGCCCCUCUGUGUAGAGCUUUUAACCAGAAGUCAAAGUAUAAUCGCGCCUUCUAAUCGUCAAUAACGUUUCUACUCAUAUGGAUUCUUCAUUCAUCACUCCAAGCAACGUUUGUAAGUGUAACAUUACAACUAAAACAAUUCUUACUUACUAAACCGUCCGUGUGUGAUGAGCGUAGUAGGAGUGUUUUCAUGCAUAUUUGUACAUGCUUACCAUGAAUUGAUUAACGUGGACCCCGACUUAAACAAGUUGAAAAACUUGUUCGGGUGUUACCAUUUAGUGGUCAAUUGUACGGAAUAUGUACUGAACUGUGCAAUCUACUAAUAACAAGUUUCAAUCAAUCAGUCAAUCAAUGCUAUUAUAAUGUAAUGACGCUAGCGUGGUUAGCAUUGGGAAUAUGCUAUCGCAUUUACAAGUGUCUGUUAGUAUUAGUAACUUAAAUUGCCAUUCUUUAAGUCAGGGGUCGGGAACCUUUUUGGCGGAGAGAGCCAUGAAAGCCAAAUGUUUCAAAAUGUAUUUCCGUCGGAGCCAUAUAACAUUUUUCAACACUGAAUACAACUAAAUUUGUGCAUUUUUAAGUAAGACCAACAUUUGUAGAGUAUAAUAAGUCUUUUAUUCUUUUUAACAACAUUGUUAUUCGAAAAGUUAACCAAUAAUAAAUAUAAUACUUCUUACCAUUAAUGCGACAUCUUGAACAGGUGCGGUAGAAAACGGAUGGUUGGAUUAAAAUUUGAAUUUAUAAUUUGAACGUUAUUUUUGAAACUGUGAUUACCAGCGGAAUUAUUCAUUACUUAUCGUGCUAAGCAAUGUCAGCUAAGAUUGAUCUGAGAGCCAGAUGCAGUCAUCUGGCUCUAGAGCCAUAGGUUCCCUAUCCCUGGUUUAAGCAUUAGACACCUUUUUACCUGCACUAUGCCUCCCGCUGUUUCCCACAUCUACAAAGAAAUUAGCUACCGACUGCCACCUACUGAUAUGGAAGAGUAUUAUACGUUUACUCGGCUUAGCUCGGUUAGGAGAGUGGCCGUGCUAGCAACCUGAGAGUUCCAGGUUCGAUUCCCGCUUCCGCCAUCCUAGUCACUGUUGUUGUCUCCUCGGGCAAGAAACUUUACACACCUGCCCCCAGUGCCACCCACACUGCUUUAAAUGUAACUAAGAUAUUGGGUGUCACUUUGUAAAGCGCUUUGAGUCACUAGAGAAAAGCGCUAUAUAAAUAUAAUUAUCUGAGAGCCAUAUGUAGUCAUCAAAAGAGCCACAUCUGGCUCUAGAGCCAUAGGUUCCCUACCCCUGCUUUAAGUAUUGUUUUAGUUUCACAAAUUUGUCAGUAAAUCACCAAAACGUCCCUGUGGAGUUACUGAGUCUGUUUAGCUGAUUGGAGAGCUAGCUUCUGCACCUAGUGGGUCCAUGACCAUGACUUCUGUUUUGCUUGAUCAGCCGUUUUACUGCCGUGUUACAGACACCGUUUGGAAACAAUUAAGGCAUGUAAAUAAACAUUUUGGAAUAUUACCAUGUACAUAACUCCUUUCACAGCGUACAGUGGGGCAAAAAAUUAUUUAGUAAGCCACCGAUUGUGCAAGUUCUCCCGCUUAAAAUGAUGACAGAGGUCUGUAAUUUUCAUCAUAGGUACACUUCAACUGUGAGAGACAGAAUGUGGGGGAAAAAAUCCAGGAAUUCACAUUGUAGGCAUUUUAAAUAAUUUAUUUGUAAAUUAUGGUGGAAAAUAAGUAUUUGGUCAACCAUUCAAAGCUUUCACUGAUGGAAGGAGGUUUUGUCUCAAAAUCUCACGAUACAUGGCCCCAUUCAUUCUUUCCUUUAUCACGGAUCAAUCGUCCUGUCCCCUUAGCAGAAAAACAGCCCCAAAGCAUGAUGUUUCCACCCCCAUGCUUCACAGUAGGUAUGGUGUUCUUGGGAUGCAACUCAGUAUUCUUCUUCCUCCAAACACGACGAGAUGAGUUUAUACCAAAAUGGAUACAUGGAUGAUACAGCAGAGGAUUGGGAAAAUGUCAUGUGGUCAGAUGAAACCAAAAUAGAACUUUUUGACCAAAUCAUUAUUUUCCACCAUAACUUACAAAUAAAUUCUUUAAAAUUCCUACAAUGUGAAUUCCUGGAUUUUCUUUUCACAUUCUGUCUCUCACAGUGGAAGUGUACCUAUGAUGAAAAUUACAGACCUCUGUGCAAGUUCUCCCACUUAAAAUGAUGACAAUCGGUGGCUGACUAAAUCCUUUUUUGCCCCACUGUAUACAUCUGCGGCCUAUACUCCGCUGCGGUUAAUAUACGGAAAUGUUUUUAUCUAUUUUUUUUCUGGGUGUGGCUUGUAUACCGGUUCGCUUUAUACUACGGAAAUUAAGUAAAAUGACGACAUGGGAAGCAAAUUGUUCAAUAAUGUAUUUUACUGUAUGUGCAAAAUAAUAAAAUGAAUAGAUUCCGAUUGUG